UUAAAAAAAAAAAUGCUACGAACCCUAGAACACGGCGAACAAAACCACAUAUCCGUACGUUUUCGGCUGGAACGUCUGUUCCUGAAAACAGGCAUUUUUUCGAGCGCUAUCCUCUCUUCUGCUAUUCAGCUUCGGCACACAGUGGUCUUGUUGUGUUUUGGGUGGAAAUGGAAAUUCCCAGUUUCUACAUAACCCCAUGAAUACUCCUAGGACCAUUUAAAAUAUUCACUUGGAGGACAAAAUGAUGGAAAAAGAGCAGCUUAAACAGAAAGAGUAACUUCCUAUGCAAAAUCAAGAAGAUUUUGAUCUAAAGGAAACUGUGACCUGUUUGUAAAGUGUCAUUUUAUCUAUUGCUUCUUUGAGAAGUGAUUCUAGUAAUUAGCAACUUGGUUUACCUCAUCCCCUUGAUGGCUACUGAUAUGCAGCCCAAACCAUUUUCCGAUAGUGAUAACAUUACAGAUAAAGAGGAUGAUGUAAAAGUAUGUGAUAUCUGUGGGGAUGCAGGUCUGGAGGAUUCCCUAGCUAUCUGUAGCAGAUGUUUAGAUGGUGCAGAGCAUAUCUACUGCAUGGAAACAAUGUUGGAUGAACUUCCUAAAGGUGAUUGGCUAUGUGAAGAGUGCAAGCUCAAGGAAUAUGAAAAUCAAAUGGUCCAUAAAUUUGAGGUAGUAACCAAAACACAUGAGCAACCAUACUUUGAUGAAGGUGCUCGGCAUGACAGUAGUACCAUAUAUUCUAAGUCACCACCUAAAAAUGAGGGAAGUGCAAUAAAAGAUGCAGGUACAUACGAGAAGGCCCUUGAAAGAAGUCCAGUCUAUGCAGAAACUUCAGUUGCUCGGGAUGUAUCAUUGUUGUGUCCCAAGGAUUCAUUAGCAAACCCAGAUGCUGCAACGAUAGCACAAUCCAAUCCAGAAAAAUCAGGACCACAAUUAAAACCUAGUUCCAUUAGGAAUACAAUUACAAAGCCAAAAGUGAAACAACUACUUGGAGCUGUCCCAUUGGCCUUGAAUGCAACUGGAAAAUUUCAUUCCAAAAACACAAGGGAAGGUGGACUGACUAGAGGAAUGGCUAAAUCCACCUCAUUUAAAACUGAGAAGGGGGUUUGCAAUGAUUUUGAAUUAUUAAACGAAAAACAGACAGUCAAGCUAACACAUAUUAAAAAUUCAAGUGUGGAAAAAAACAAAGAAUUAGGUGUUAUAGAAAGAGAUAACUCUUUCAGUGAUAGAGGAUUGAUUGAUGGGGAUUGUUCAGGAUAUAACAGGGAAAUUCAAUUACAUUCAUCAAGAAGUUCUGUAAGUGCAUGUCCAAAUGGAUUGAAUCUACUGUUUCAAAAGCAAGGGCAGAUUCCAAAGGAAGGUUUUCAUCUGUAUGUAAAUGCUGCUACUCAUUCUGGUAAGCCUGAUACAGUUUCUCAACGCAACAACCAUCUGAGGAUGGAAUCGGCACAUCAAGAUGACAUGUCCAAGAUUGCUGCAUUUUCCACCACCUCAAAUAAGCCAAUAUCUGGUGGCAGUCAAAUAUUACAAUGUCAAAAAUGUAAUGAAACCGGUCACCCUACGAACUUAUGCUCAAAUGACGAACGUGUUGUCACCGCCAUUAAGCUCUCAUCUGAUCCAAUGCCAUGGGAGAACGCUAAUAGAAGUAACAAGGGGAAAGCUGCAAGAGACACAAUUAUGCCAAAACAAGAAGCAUUAAAGUUUACUGACACAACAAAUCAGUCUAAGAAACCUAGUAUUUGUCAUAGUGCUGAAGUUAUUAACAAAAAUUUUCCGUCGCCCUGCUCUAGGAGAACUUAUUCUCAGGAAGGAAAAGCCAAUGCCACACAAAGCUUUGUCUUUGCCGAUAGUGAAUCCACAGAACAUCAGCGCGUUGCAAACCAAAAUGAAAUCCACCAUGAAGUUGGGGCAGGUAGAUUGAAUUCAUUUGGUAACAUUUCCGAGGAGUUCAACGUGAAACUUUCUGAACCGAUUUUACCCACUAUAGACUCUUCUCUUUCAAAUAUGCUGAGAACUUCUGUAAUUCCAGAGCAUGAAUUCUUUUGGCAAGGUGGUUUUGAGGUGCUUAGAGCAGGAAGGCUUACUGAGUGUUGUGAUGGACUUCAAGCUCAUUUCUCAAGUUAUGCUUCAAGCAAGGUGUUGGAAGCGGCAAAAAAUUUCCCUCCCUACAAAGUACAAUUGGAAGAAGUGCCUUGUAUAAGCUCUUGGCCUCCGCAAUUUCAUGGAAACCAUGCUAAAGAAAAAAAUAUUGCUCUUUUUUUCUUUGCUAAAGAUAUUGAGAGUUAUAGAAGUAGUUACUGCAAGCUUUUGGAUAAGAUGCUCAAGUUUGACCUAGCACUCAAAGGGUACUUUGGUGGUUUUGAGCUUCUUAUUUUUCCAUCAAAUAAGUUAUCUGAAAACUCCCAGCGUUGGAACAGAUUACUCUUCUUAUGGGGUACAUUUAAGGGAGGGAGGUCAAGCAGUCUUGAAGUACUGUCAAAUGGCAAGCAAGGUUCUAGCAAAUCGACUAUCCAUGUUAUAUUGCCCCCCACCUUACCUGAAGCCUCCAAAUACCAAGAAACAUAUGCCUCUAAGAUUUCUUCUGAGGCAGAUAACUAUGCUGCUCCAGUAGAGGCCUCACCUGCUUUAUCUACAGGAAUUGAAAAUAGGAUUUCUAAUGAAAGCAAAUAUGUGUAUCAUACAUCUGUCGAUGCAGAGCUACUGCCAGAAGAUCCAUGCCCCCUCUCCAGUGGUCUGAUUUCCAGCAGUCACAAGUCAGAUUCCUAGUUUGCAGCAUGGUAGUCCUGAAUUAACUAAACAGCAAAUGACCGUGGAAGCAUAAGUGAGAUCUUGUUAGCGACUUCCACCACUUGGAAUCAAAUAAGCUGCUUGUUAUUCAUGAUGAAAUCUUAACACAAAGCAGUUUUAUCUGUUGUAUUACAUUUCUGUUGGAUGUUUUAAUGGGAUGGAUUAUUAUUGCACCUAAACCAUCAUCCAUCAAUUUGAUGCCUACUGAUUGGGAGCUAUCCGUUAUUAAUGGACAAUUGUAUUUGCUUUCUGGAGUACCAUCUUUUCAUCAUCUGGGUUUCGGUUUGGGUUUAUGAAUCCACAUCAUCUAAGGUUUUGGUUGGUGCCAUCUUUUAUGCGCUUCAAUUUCAUUUGGAAAUAUUUUGUUCUAAAACUGAAGUCGCCACUAGUUUCAUAGAGAUGAACAAACUUCCCUUCAAAUGUAAUAUGGUAAUUUCUACUCUGCUUUUUUAGACAAUGAGGAAUUAAUAACUUUCUACGAGAAGUAACUCUAUUACAGCAGGCAACAUUCUUUUCCAUUUUCCUGGAUUCAUUACGCACCUUGCAUUUGUUAAUACAUUUCUUCUAUUUAUGUGUGUUGUUGUGCUGGCUGAUUGACCAUGCUGAAUUCAUGAAGUUGAUUGCCUCUGAGAAUUCUCAUCAAUUUUUGCAUACAAGUACUGUAAAAAUGUCAAAGGGCUUACAACCGGGAUAUGAGGCUCCAGCCCAUGCUAGGUUUUUAUUUAUUUUUAACAAAAUUUGAUCUAUCAGCUCCAUGUUAUGAUAUAGACAACCUAAUAGUGAUUUCUCUAUGCUGCGCUGCUCUAUUACUGUACCAACUUUUUUUGUAGCUGUUUUGAAGUAAUUAUCUUUAAAAUUUUGCUGAUUUAUAAAGGUUCUAUGCAGAAAAAAAAUGUUACAUACGGACUACGGACGCAUCCAGAGUCUAAUGGUGGGGCUUCAUGUGUCAAGGGGAC